UGACAUUUUUGGCUAAUCUAAAUUAACAAGAGGAUGUUUCAAUUUUAUUAAAUCAAAAUUUGGUUUAUGUAUUUUCUGAAUUUCGUGAAAAUCAUUCACCUAAUUGACCCAAACAGCCAAAUUUUAUUUACUGACGCACGAACACGAAGUUCGUUCGAAUCGUACGUGUCUCAAAACGUGCUUUGUUCAGAUCGGUCGCCAUUUGCGCCACGAACGCUGUAUCGUGCUAAUGUGUGGUGUUUCCGUGAAAUUAUAGGUUAUAGUGCAAAUUAACAGCUGAAAGCGUUAAAAAUUAUCCUUAAAAACCUACAAAACAGUGUUUAAAAGAUUGGAUAUGUCAUAAACGCGUCGAAUACGUGUAACCACUUAUGACCUCGAAAUGAAGAUUGUUAAUUUUCUACGAAGGAAUAUCAAAGGUUUCGUGAACAUAGUGCCCAAAGUAGAAACUUUUGUUGAUAAAAUAUAAAGUUGUGAUAAUUAUUUUUGUUUUUAAAGUGUAACAAGUAGUUUUAUGUUAAAACAUCUCUAGUUCAAUUGGCAAUUUGGAAACCUUUUCAAAAGAGACAUUUUUAUUGAGGAAAGUAUCCCAAGAGUGAAUUUAGUGUUGCAAUUAUGAAAAUUCCGGAGACAUCUGCCAACGUCGGUGCUUAUUACGGCAAUGAAGAAACUGGCCAGUGGCAGCCCAACGGUGUGAUCCUGGAUGGUGGGGUGGGCGGCGGUGUGGUCGGUAGUGGUGAUGCAGGCAUCCAUAGGCCCCCCGUCUAUCCUGUACACAUACCUAGAGGACCUAUGCCAGCUGGAUUUGUAAUGGCCGGGGCCUAUUAUCCACCAGCACCGUAUCCUCCAGUUCCAGCUCAACCUCAAGAUGACUUUGCUGAUUACAUGUGGAUGGAGAAUGAAGAAGAAUUUGAUAAACAGGUCAUGCAACAGCUGGAAGAGGAAGCCUUAAUGGAACAGUGCAUCGAAGCUAUGCUGGAAGAUGAGCAGAGGGAGAGACAGAAUCGGCCAGUAACGAAUGGACACAAGCAUUAUCCUACGACAAGUAACAGUGGCCCUACAAUCUCCCUUGAAGAAGCUGUCUCGAGAUCAACCCUAAACCCCCUGGCUGCAGAAUUUGUACCGAGCCAAUCAAGGUUACCAACACACAGCAAACAGACUACAGUUACAGAAGAGAAGACAGAACAAUUACCAGUUCAAGUGCAAGAAUCAAGAGACAGUCCAGAGAGUUGUACAGUCUCGUCUCCGGAUCCUGAACCAAUUGUGGAAAAGACUGAAGUUUCUCUGGAACCUCAAACUGAAGAGCCAGAGAAGACUCAGCCAGAACCAACGCCCAGUUCCGUGGAAGUUCCACAAGAGAAGGCGGAGAAGCGGCCGAAAGAGAUUAAAAAAGAAGUCAAACCCAAAUCCGAAGCUAAAAAACCCAUCAAAGUUGAUACGAAACCUAAAAUCGUGAAAGCCGAAGUUAAAGUUCCCGUUAAAAAAAAGGAAGUGAAAAGUGUUAAAAGUGACUGUGAGAGUGGCAUUAGUGAUGGUGAUCGGACAGAGGAGGUAGUCGAGACGAGUAAGCCCCAAAACCAACCGACCGAGGAACUUCCCAGCUCGGGCUUCAAGCCGAUAAACUAUGCCGCAGCAGCGAAAGCUAACAAGCCCAAGAAACCGAGCGUGACCGCCACACCUGCCACUGCUGCCGCCCCCAGCGGGCCCACGGCAGAGAAGACCCCACCGACGAACCAGAAACCGAAGACAGCCGAGAAAAAAGACAAGAAACUAGAUAAGGUCCCGUCGAAAAUUGAUAAACCAAUCGUACAAAGGAAAAAUUCUACCAAGUAAGAUUUUUAGUAGAAUCUUUCGAUAAACUGACACUGGCAACACUAAUGUGUUUAUGCACCGAAAAACUCUUUGGAAAUAGGUCGAGUGAAGUUCUUAAGUAACCGGGAAAGAAUUUGUGUAAUUACAUUAAAAAGGUGUUGCAUUCUUUGUAAAGUGUUUUGUAUUUUUUUUUUUACUUUCUCGAGGUCGUUCCCUUAUUAGUAAAGUUAAGGAGAUACGGAAACUAUUUCAAUUAGUUCAAUGUACAAAAUGAUAUCUGUGGGGAUGCGAGAAAAAAUAUGUACAGUCAUAAUUUAAAUGUAUUUUUUUUUCUUUUAGAUUUUAUGUAAUAACAAUAAUGUUGUAUAUUAAUUAUCGAUAAUAAUGAUUAAACGUAAUGCAUUUUUUUUUUUUCGUUUAAAGUAGAAAAAAAAUAAAAAAUUUCAAAAAGUUGUAAAAAAAAUUAAGAUAAAUUACAUUGCAUAGUAGUCAAAUAGGAUCACCCUAUAAGCGUAUCGACGUUAGCUAGUAUUGUUUACUUUCUUGUCUCAAAUAUGAUUUAUUUCAAACUUCAGGUUAGUGAAGUAAAUCUCGACCAAUGGUGACCAUAAUGUGGGAUGAUCUUGUAAUCGAUUAGCUUACAUGUGAAAACGUGAUGAUCCUAACGUAUAAGAUGUCUUCAUAGUAUUGAUCUAAAAAAUAUAGAUAUUCAUUUUUAGAUGUUUAUGCUUAUAAUUACGUAAUAAGUUGGCUUCAAAUUGCUCCCGGAAUAUGUAAAUAAUUAUAUUUUGUUUGGAAACUCUCCCAGACCGUGUAGUAAAUUUUGUAUAUUUUCCUCAAAAUUUAGUAAUGUUUCCACAAAUAUCUCUGGUUAGAUAGUUAUUGUAGAUCCAUUUAUUUUGGGACUGUUUUUUCUGAUUGAACUACUGAGAUAUUAUUAGUACUGAAUUAUUGGUCUGCUCAGUCAAUUACAAUAAUAUAUUUGAAUGCACAUGUUUCUCUUAGUUAAAUGUAUAUGUAACGUGUUCACGAGUGCUCGUUGGCAACCGAUCAGCAAUGUGUGUUUGGAAAUUUUAUAAAUUAUCACAAGCAAAAGCAAUUGUUCACGGUGUGUUUUAGUAAAAUUUACUUUACAAUUAACGUUCAAUUGAGAAAGAUAAUUUAAAUAAAUAAUUGAAAUAUAUAUACAUAUAUAUAUAAAUAAAUGUAGUUAGUGCUGUGUUGAUAUAUAUAUAUUUAUAGUUUAUAUUAGAGAGUUUGGUCUCUUACAGAUAGAUAGAUAGAUAGAUAUUAAAUUAUUAGUCUUGAUAAAUCUAUAUUCUAUAGUGCUUGUUACAAAGACACAUACAAUGAAAAUUCUUUUUAAUGUUUUCUGAAAUCGUUGGGGUAUACAAAUUUAAAUUAAGUGUAAAUUAUGUAGUUACGAAUAAUAAUUAUAUAUGAUUUUUUUGAAGUGAAACUUCUUUAGGCGCUUUGAGAGUAAAAUUUAACUCGCGACAUAUUUGUUACGGCUAGAGAGAAAAGAUACAAUUUAGAACGAGCGAGAGUGAGAGAAUAGACAGAGCGUCUCGCGAACCGCGGAGAGGAAGACAGCGAGCUAGGUCGUUUCUCUUAUACACAGCAUUCCCUGUUACAAGAGAAAUUUGGUUUAAGGGUGAAAAAUGAAGAAAACUACAAUACUGCACCGCGAAAGAAGUUUCACUUCUGUCACGUGUACCAAGCUACACGGGGCACCAUUAAUGACAGCUGUCAAUUUGUACCAAAAUCGGGUUGUGUUUUUUGUUUUUAUUUUAAAACUCUUACCUGCCCUUUUGUAGGUGUUAGGGUAAACAGGGUGUAUGAAAGUUGCUCUCUCCAUUGAACCUUAAUACAUUACGCGCAAUGGAUGAUGCAAUGAAAGUUUGUUGUUUCCGAUUGGGCUUAGUAGGGUGCUUACUCAGACGUUAGAGUUCUUUUUUUUUUUUCAUUGCUUAGAUGGAUGGACCAGUUCACAGCCCACCUGGUGUUAAGGGGUUACUGGAGCCCAUGGACGUUUACAACGUAAAUGCGCCACCCACCUUGAGAUAUAAGUUCUAAGGUCUCAGUAUAGUUACAACGGCUGGCCCGCCCUUCAAAUCAAAUCGCAUUACUGCUUCACGGCAUAAAAAAGCAGGGUGGUGGUACCUACCCGCGCGGACUCACAAGAGGUCCUAUCACCAGUAGGUUCGCGCUCUAAGGCUUAAAUUCGGUUUUAAUUAUGUCCUCGUUACAUGAUACGUCGUGGUUUUUCGCUAAGCAGUUUGAUUCCAACAAAAUUAUACGUCGGUAAAUUGUCAAUAAUUCAUAUUUACAAAACACAAAAAGCUAAAAAAACAGACUUUCUAGUUUUCUUUUUUCCACAAAUUACUCGUGUAGGAUAUUAAGAAAAAUGUAUAGUGUGUUGUCAAGCUAAAAAAAAGCUACCAUUUUGGGAGUAAUAAUUUAGAAAAUCGUAUAUGAGUGAACAGGGAUUUAUAUUAAUAUUAUUACGUUAAUUAGUUUUUUUUUAUUUUUUUUAUUUCUAAGGUGACAUUUUGUAGUUUUUGAAAUUUAUCUUUUAAGCACAUCUAUCUACAUUGAUUAUCGUAUGUUUGUUUUUUUUUUAUUAAUUUUUUAUUUGAUAGCGUUCAUUUUACGUUUCUUUUUUUAUUAUGUAACAAUUUCGCACGCAUACGUGUCACGGGGAAUCGCACGCGCACAUCCCGUGGUCUCUGUGCGGCACAUUUUGACAGCUGUCAAUUUUGACACGCGUGAAUAUAGCAAAGGGGAACUAUGCUUCGCUCAGCAGUCUUUGUUGCUAGAUGAUUUUAACUGUGUGUGUGUGUAUUAUCUCCAGGUCCAAUAUCAUUUUAAAUUCUGACAGUAAAUAGUGGUAAUCGUAAUAGGUCCGAAAGACGGCAAUAGAGCUGUACCGUGCCGUGCCUUUUUGUUUUGAUGUUUUCAUUAUGAAAUAAUAAUCUAUAUACAAGUGUUGCGUGUGGUAAUAGGUACCGACUUGACGUAAAGGUCGGGUAGAAUAUAUAUCGAGGGAUGAAAAUCUAUUUGGUAUAAGCAACAAUUAUCUUUGUAAUUAAAGGUCCGUUUUAUUUAGUAUCAGCAUCAACAGUUCGAUGUUUUUAAUUGAACGUCAAUUAAGCUUACCUCAUUCAAAUAGCUGAAGAAAAGUUUUUCCAAUUUUUAAUACUUUAAAUGGCUGCUCACCUGUAAUAGUUCAAAAAAUGUCACUUAAACCAAAACAGUUUUUCAGCCGUCGAUAUAAUAUACUUGGAUUAUUCUAACUUUAGGAAAUAUCACUGCCAUCUGUAAAACGUAUAUCGGGCUAUAUUUAACAAGGUGUAAUCAUGAAAAUACUUGAAUAACAAGAACCUCGCAUUAAGCUUUUGAUGGGUAGCAUUCAAAGGCGAGCCACUGAGAGUUCUCGCGUCAGAAAGCUCUUGCUUCUUUUGCCCUAUCUAUUGGCUGGUAGCCUAAGAAUUCCAAAUUCCAAAUACGCGUGGGUAGAUGAGCUCACGGGCUCAAGCUGAGAGAAUUUGCUAACACUAGCCCUAGCAAGAGCAGUGCUUCGCUAAAUCUACCACCGGAUCGGAAUCGCGAUCCGCUGAGAAGAUCCGGCGAGAAACACAAUGGGCUGAUGUGCAUGAAGCUGUUUAGUUUCAUUAGGAUUUUCUCAGAGUUUUGUCACAAAUUGUGGUUUUUUUUUUCUCCUGUCUAUUCGAUGAUAGCUCAUAGGUGACACGCAUAUAGAAAAAACUCAUUGGCAUGUAUUUCCUCUUAAUGGGCCCAAUGAACCGAGAGAGUCUUAAUUCUUUAAUGCCUUAUAUGAGUCCCACUUGAUUUAGUAGUGCAUGGACAUUCCAGGACAGCCAGACCACAGUCCGCAAGGAUGCUUUUCAACCUAGUCUAAAGAAACUUACUUAAGGGAUAUUCAAGCUACGCUAUAACUAGGUAGGGGGCUCAAUCUGAAGAGAACGUGUUAACCAAUUUGACUCCAUUGGCAAAAACAGUAAUGUCGGUUUUUAUUGAUUUUCAUAGUUAAUCGUUUUGUCGUUAAUUGUGGAUUUGGUUAAGACAGUCUUUUUGUAAACGAAGCUGCCGGAUCUGGCUUCUUGGGGUUUUUUUAAAUCCUAAAUAUCCACUGAAAGAAUCUGUGAAAAUAACAAUAUUUUUACUGAGACUAUAUUUCAUCUCAUCUCAUUUCGUUUCAUUUAAUUUCAUCCCAAACAGUCACAAAUUCAAUUAACCUCAUCAUUAUAAUUACCAUCAUUUAUCAUAAUAAUAAUUAUUUUAACAAGAAUGUAAAAUGAAAAAGUGUGGCUCAAAAGUAUCGUUACCGAACCAGAAAGAUCUUCAAAAAACAAAUAAUUACGACAGAUACUUUGUAAUUUUGUGUGGGCCCUGGAUAAAUCGAAGGGCGAAAAGAGCGGAUUUUGUUUUUAAAAAUACGUCCCAUCGGAAUGAAAGAAGCUAAGGCUUUUUGUAUAACUGAAUGUUUUUUGUUUUUUCAUUCUUUUUAAUUAAUUUGUAAAUUUGUGUGUAAAUUUUGAUAUAAACUAUAAAAUAACAUAGAUUUAAAUUAUGUUACGUUUAGUAUAUGCUAGUUGAUAAAUGUUUAAAUUUUAGAAGAAAAAAAAAGUAUAAAUAAUAAUUUAGUGAUAUAAUUGACGCAAAAAAAAAACGAUUGUAUAGACUA